AUGAAGAUCACCAAGUGUCAUCGAUGCCACAAGAAGGGACACUGGAGCCGAGAAUGUCCCGAGAAGGGAGACUCGACGGGAGCCGCAGCGGGAAGCGGGUUCGUGCUGCUCAAUGAAUCGGAGCCGAGCUACGCGAUCCUGGCCUCGGAGAACAUCACGUCGAUCAACGCGCGCGGGUUGAUUCACCAGGUUGUGGACCGCAUCAGAUCCGAGAAGGUCGAGGCCAUGAGCCUGCUGGUCACCGGCUCAGGGGACAUCGUGGUGGACACGGCGGCGGGCCAGGCGCUGAUCGGGCCGCAGGCACUGCGGAGGCUGGAGAAGCGUCUCGGCGAGCUGGGCUUCCGAGUAGUUCGGGUCAAGAGCAAGCGCCAGUUCGCGAGAGGUGUCGGCGGGAAGACGCCGGUGCAGUCAGGACUCCUGGUCCCCACAGGCAUCGAGGGCAAGACAGGCAUCAUGGAGCUGGACCUGAUCGAGCAAGACGUGCCGGCCCUGAUGCCGAUCAGUAUGCAGGAGCAGAUGAAGGCAGUGAUCGAUCUCCCGAAGGCCGAGAUGACUCUGAGGGCGCUAGGGGUGACCACCAGCUUGAAGCGGCUGUCGAGAGGUCAUCGCACGAUCGCGAUCGACAAGCUCGGCAGCCCAGAGGAUUUUGAGCUUCCGGAGGCUGUCCGGAAGCGUUUCGGACUGCAGGCGUCUGACUUUCGCCUGAGCUCGAGCGAGAGCUACGCGAUGACGGGCUCCACCGCGAGCGACAGUGGCGAGCCGCAGUGCGUCAAGUACUUGCUGACCGGAAACGAGUAUCCGAACGGGCUGUCGGUGGGAGACAAGUUCUGGGCGUACCUCAGCUCCAGGAUCGUGGCCGAUCACCAGCACAAGGGGCUGAAGCUGCUGCGCAUGUUCCAGAACGGCCACCAGUGGCCAAUCAAGACCAAGAAGGCGGACAGGUUCUACACGGAGCGCCAGAUGAAGUGCAGUCAUUCCUGGGCACGUCUCAUCAGUUUCGGCAAUUCCCACGGCAGUUGGGAAGUCUGCGGGGACUGCGACAUGAGGGUCUCGUACUUCCAGAAGGCGUCCGUCAUCUACAAGGGGAAGGGCAAGUCGCUUCAGAGCGGCUCGACGGUGCUGAACGUGAGCGACCUCGCCAAGCCCCCCGGGGGCAGGGCAUCGGUGAGGAACUCGGUGGAGUGCACGAGGGUCGCUCUCAUGACGACGACGAGCGACCGGGGGCCGACCCAGGGCUCGGAGGAGCCGAUGAGGGUGAAGAAGCGCUCCGAGGAGAUGGUGCAGUAUCGGGCUUUGGAGGCGCCCAUGGAAGUAGACAGCACAGGUCCAGCGCGCCCUCGCCAGCACGCCCCUCGUGCGUCGCUGAUCAGCGAGAUCAAGAGCAUGAAAGAAGAGAUGCCCAACCAGAAUCACGGCCUGCUCGCCCUGGUGGUGGAGCAGGGAAAAGCCAUUCAGCACAUCCAGGCGGCGCAGCUCGGCAUCCAGGAGAAGCAGGCCAUGAUGGAGAGGCAGAUGGCGAUCGAGGACCAGCCGAAGACGCUGCCGCCGCAGGUGCCGGCCCAGCGGACCAAGCAGUCCCUGAAGGACGGCAGGUGCUUGUAUGGCCUGAGUGAGAUGCCCGAGGCGGAGAGCCUCGAUCGGAUUCUAAGCAGCGCCGGAUGGCGAGCGCACGAGACUUUCUUUUUCCAGGACCAUCCCACGGUGAAGGACGGCUUCCAAGAGGGGCGCAGCUUCCACCAGAGGGACAGCUUCCAGGAGGGGUGCAGCUUCCACCAGAGAGACAGCUUCCAGGAGGGGGGCAGCUUCCACCAGACGGACAGCUUCCCCAUCCGGAACGAGAAGUUCAGGGACCCUUCGAAGACCGACCUCAGGGUCCAGAAGCGCAGGAUGGGAUGUCUCGGGAGUUGGGAUUUGGAAACCGGAUGGGACUUCAGAGAGGGGGGGGUCAGACUUGCGGCUAGGCAGCGCCUGAGAAAAGAGAAGCCAGCAGUUGCCAUGAUGGAGCCCCCGUGCCAGACACACAGCGCCAUGUUUAGGGUCAGCAAGGGGUCCAUGGAUUCCGAGCACCGCGAGGCUCUGAUCUCGGAGGGCCUCACUCACCUUCAUCAUGCGGUCGACCUGGCCCUCAUCCAGUACCGCGGUCGGGCGGUGACUCGAAAAUCCCAGGUGUACCCCGAGGCCUUCUGCAGGCACAUGGCCGAGACCGUCGCCAAGAUCGUGUCUUCCAUGGCACGCAAGUCAGCCCACCCCGAGUCGUUCUGGGGACUGAUAGAUCAGGUCCUGGAGUACGUGAAGGCGUCUUUCUCGUGUCCAGACUGCGACGCCCACCCCAAGGACGCGAUGAAGUUCCUCAGAGAGCGGAAGAAGCUCCAGCAGGCGCCAGAGAGACCGGAGGGCAUGACCGAGAGGGGAUGGAGCGGAUCUUGGGUGGAGUGCGGAAGCGGAAACGCCGACGUGGAGCUGGUCCCGGGGGAAGGGUCCGAGGCAGGUCUUUUGCAGAUCACCUCCGAGAGCGCGGCCUUGGAGAACCGACGGCAGGUGCUGAGACGCUCGUGCCUCGAGCGCAUCCUGCAGGGGCACCCGGGGCCGAAAGGUCACCUCCAAGAGAUCCGGGAUGACCUCGUGGACGCGAGCGAGGCCGACUGGCGGCUGCUGCAGCGGAUCCCCGCCUUCUGCACGGCCGCGAGCAAGGCUUUCCUGUCCAGGGUGCACAAGGACGCGGAUGUCCAGCUGUACUGCCCGGGCGACUUUCUGGCGGAGGAGGGCGAGGCGUCGGCGUCCAUGAUGGUCGUCACCGCUGGGGUUUGCAGGAGCGAGCACCCGCAGACGCUCUUCUUCGUCGAGCUGAAGCGCGGUGACUGGUGCUUCCAGAACAACAUACUAGGCAUCGAAAGCACCAGGGCCCACGACGUGGUGGCCGUGACGCAUGUGAUGGUGCUGGUCCUGCACAGGCACGCGCUGCUCAACGCCGUGGUCGCGCACCCCGACGCGGGCGAGGCCUCGGCAGCGGGCGCUUAGGCUGCAGACUCGUGUUUCCCUCACC